AUGUCGUCGCUAAAGGCUGCCACCGUCUCCAAUCGAAUCAUCAGACGGAAGAGGAAGCGCCCCGGAGCCGACGAACCUCUGGCCUCGGAACCCGAAGAUGACCCCUCGACCAAAGACAUCGGCCCCACCAGGGGCGCGACGCCCUGCAAAGGCGACGACGGCAAUGAUGCUACAGGGUCAAUCGAUGCGAGCACGAACGCGAAGACAACACCGAAAUCUCGGAAGAAGGCGUCAAAGCCGAACCCAGCAGUGGAGUGUUUGAUCGAAUGGUCUUCAACGUUUAAGGAGCUGGAAAAGACACACCGGGCGCUGAACCUGGUCUUCACCUUCUGUUCUACGCGGAAACACCUGGCCACGACUUUCGAUACAAUACGCUCGGCGGUAGAAUCGCAUAUCAAGCAGGAAUUGAAGAUUGAGGACGUGGCAGCCAUUGUGGCGUUGCGACCCGAAGGCAUCCACUUUGCCUAUGUGGAUGAAAUAAUGCUACAGACCGACAUAAAAGGUGCCGAGAGAGAUACGACUUUCAAGUCUAGUAGACAGAGCGAUAUCAGGGUGCAGGGGCCGGCACCGGACUCGUCGGUCGGUGGUCUCACGGGCAUGGAUGAUCUCGGUAGCCGUCACCCUGAUGAGUUGCCUCUCAGCGGCCAUGAAGUCUUAUUCUUCGAAUUCAUCGACGGUGACCUCAAGCGUCAGGUCCAGAGCCGCAAGACUGGCGAGCCCACCAACCCUAAAAGGAGACUCCGUGACGAAGACCUGAAGAUGCCCGUGUACAGUCAGAAGCAAUUGACUGCGGUGAUUGAGAAGCGGAAUCAGAAGUUUUCCAAUGCUGUGAGCCUAUUUCUGAACCGGUGUGUCGAGGAAAAGCUUGAUCCCGAGGUCCUGCUCCGUCAAGAAGCAGAAGCCCACAUCCCAGUCCCCUCUGAAUCCGAAACCACCACCCCUAAACCCGAACCAAGUACCAUACCAAAGUCGAUCCCAACGGAGAGGAAAAGCAUUCCAGAGAUCGUCCAAGAGCUGAAGGAAAGUCCAUGGUACACUGGACAGAUUGUACCAGAUGGGCAUCGUGUGUUCGAAGCGCAGGAGCCUGUCUUUGGAGAACUUGACUUUCUGCUGAGUCAGGACAUGGUAAAUGCGCUUUACAACGCGAAAGGCAUUACCCAGUUCUACGCCCACCAAAUCGAGGCAAUCAACAGCCUUCAUGCUGGACACCAUGUGGUUGUCUCUACGUCCACGAGCUCUGGGAAGUCCCUCAUCUAUCAGCUCCCAGUCUUACAUGCGCUGGAAGAAGACGCCAAUACCCGGGCCAUGUACCUAUUCCCCACCAAAGCUCUUGCUCAGGACCAGAAGAGAAGCCUGAAAGACAUGCUCACUUAUCUGACCGACCUAGGCGAGGUGCUUGUUGAAACCUUUGACGGCGACACGCCAAUGCACGGUAGGAAACAGAUUCGGGAUGAAGCUCGCAUUAUCUUCACGAACCCUGACAUGCUGCACAUCACCAUCUUGCCGCAGGAGGAGAGGUGGAGGACUUUCCUGCAGAAUCUCCGCUAUGUUGUUGUCGACGAGUUGCACUACUACAACGGCCUGAUGGGGUCGCAUGUCGCCUUCAUCAUGAGGCGCCUGCGGCGGAUAUGUGCUGCGGUCGGCAAUCGGAAAGUCAAGUUCAUAUCAUGUUCUGCGACAGUAGCAAAUCCGCAAGAACACUUCAAGACAAUCUUUGGCAUCGACGAUGUGCGUCUGAUUGACUUUGACGGAUCACCAUCCGGGCGUAAGGAGUUCCUCUGUUGGAAUACACCCUACAAAGACCCUGGCGACCCUUCGAGUGGGCGUGGCAAUGCCUUGGCCGAAUGUGCUCGUUUGUUUUGCGAGCUCAUAUUGAGGGGUGUCCGGGUCAUUGCCUUCUGUAGAGUACGGAAGCAGUGUGAAGAGCUAGUCACAGCCGCGAAAUACGAGCUGGAAGCGCUUGGACGCCACGAAUGCAUGGCUCGUAUCAUGGGUUAUCGAGGCGGAUACACAGCCCAGGAUCGCCGGCGAAUCGAAAGCGAGAUGUUUGAAGGCAAGCUCGUUGGUAUCAUUGCGACGACCGCGCUUGAGUUGGGUGUUGAUAUCGGUACGCUGGACUGUGUCGUUACACUGGGAUUUCCAUACACCAUUGCCAAUUUGAGACAGCAGAGUGGCAGAGCUGGCAGGAGGAACAGAGACUCGCUCUCCGUGCUUGUUGGGGAUUGUUUCCCGGCCGAUCAGCAUUACAUGCAGAAUCCAGACGAACUCUUCACAAAACCCAAUUGCGAGCUUCAAGUCGAUCUGGGCAAUAUGCUCGUCUUAGAGGGCCAUAUCCAAUGUGCGGCAUACGAAAUGCCGAUCAAGCCACGUGAGGAUGCUGCCUAUUUCACUAAAAACCUUGCCAAGCUUGCUGAGGAGCGCUUGGUCAAGGACGAUCUCGGGUACUACCACUGCCACGAUAGGUUUCGACCGGUCCCUUCUAGAUUUGUUGCGAUUCGAGAUACCGAAGAUGAUCACUUCGCCAUUGUCGACAUAUCACACGGGAAGAAUGUUGUCCUUGAAGAACUGGAGGCAUCAAGAGCAUUCUUCACCAUCUAUGAUGGUGCCAUCUUCCUACACCAAGGAAACUCUUACCUAGUCCGCGACUUUCAGCCCGACAGAAAAGUGGCAAGAGUGGAGAAAGUCAAGGUGGAAUGGACGACCCAGCAACGAGACUUUACGGAUAUUGAUCCAAUCGAGACGGAGGCUAUUCGGAACAUCCCAGGGUCGCUCUCGAGAGCCUUCCACGGCGCCAUCCGCAUCACACAGAACGUGUUUGGGUACUUCAAAGUCGAUAAGAAACGUCGCAUUCUUGAUGCUGUUCAUGUGGACAACCCACCCAUAAUACGCCACAGCAAGGGCAUGUGGCUCGAUGUUCCCAAACGCGCGCUCCAGAUCUUGGUCGACCGUCGCCUCAAUGUCGCAGGAGCCAUACACGCCGCAGAACACGCUGUCUUGAGUCUAAUGCCGAAUUUCGUCAUCAGUAUGCCCGGCGACGUCCGGACGGAAUGCAAAGUCGGGUUGAAAGAGUUCGCGGAGAAGGAGACCACGCGGAAGCGGCCAGCUCGACUGACAUUCUACGAUGCCAAGGGAGGCGCGAAUGGCUCUGGCAUUAGCACCAAAGCAUUUGAAUUCGUUGACCUGCUUCUUGUCCAGGCUGUUGAGCGCGUGCAGCACUGCCAUUGCGAGUCUGGGUGUCCCGAAUGCGUCUGCUCGGAACUCUGCAAGCACGCCAACGAGGUCAUGAGCAAGGCGGGGAGUUCCGUCAUCCUCAAGGCGCUACUGAAUAUGGAGAUCGAUGUCGAUGCGCUGCCUAUGGGUCCGGAAGAGAUGAGUCCUGCGGGCAUUGAGACUGUCGUCUUGGCGAAACCUGUGCCGGGCAAAGGUCGGAUUCUCGUGGAUGAUGUUGAAGUCAAGGUUGAGGACGAGAACGAAGGGCCCGUGGUGUUGGAUCAGGUUGAAGCGGGUGGUUUCCUCACUCCGCAUGUAUGA